CCGCUCAACGUUCAGUCGCCGUCUAGAGACCGUUCAGUGCGUGCCGAGCGUGCGCCCGUCCACAUACCGACACCGAACACUAACGUUGCGCUACAUUAUUCUGUGGCACGCACAUCAAGUGCCCUGACUCCACUGAGGCGCCAGUCACGCGUAAGGGUAGUGAAUCUGGUUGUUUAUUAUUUUAUUUAACUGGAAGUAAAUUUUGAAAUCAAAUGCUAACGUGUAAUAUGUUCUGUACUCGUGUUUCGCCAUGGAAGUAAGAUAGGCACAUAACUCGUCCGCGUCAUCGUAGGAAACGGUCAAAAACUGAUUGUAAUAUUAUUAUUAUUUUAAUUUUUCGAAAAAUCAAAUAAAUUUUCGCCCAGACACAAGUAUAACCACAACUCAACACAAAUGGUUACCAUGUCGGCUUAUUCUCAGUUCGGUUACGCGUAUCCAACCCCCGGACAACAGGUAAGUUCAAGCGUCAUGACGGGAGAUUCGGUAUCACCUCCGUUGGCUGCCGGCGGUGGAGGCGCCGGAGGACUUUCACCGGACGCUAUGGGUGCUGCGGGUUGCGGCACGUGUUGCACCGCUGCCGGAGACAGGGGUGCCGGUUCCGAAUCGGCCGUGGUCUGCUCGUGCCAACUGACCGCCGCAGCUUCACACUACGCCAGCCGGACCACACCAGCAUCGGCAGCGGUUUACACCCCUUAUCCGUCCACCGACCAGAACCCGUACGCGAGCAUAGACACUUCGACGUUCUACCCUCACCUGAGCAAUCCGUACGGACUGAAAGACUCGACGGGAUCGUCGGACAUGUGGUCCAGCGCCGCUAGCCUGCAACCUUCUACGGGCUACUAUCACUACGACUCGACGUUGGCAGCGUACGGGUACAGUGCGGGAUACGAUUUAGCGGCUAGACGUAAAAACGCCACCCGUGAAUCGACGGCUACACUGAAGUCGUGGCUCAACGAGCACAAGAAGAACCCGUACCCGACCAAGGGUGAAAAGAUAAUGUUGGCCAUCAUUACCAAAAUGACUUUGACUCAAGUGAGUACGUGGUUCGCCAACGCGAGGAGGCGGUUAAAGAAAGAGAACAAAAUGACUUGGGAGCCCAAGAACAAGACAGACGACGACGACGACGACGCCGGAUCGUCCGAUUGCGAAGACAAAGACAAAGAAGACAUGCUGAUGACCGAAGAAAAACAUAAAAAAGAUAAUCACGUGGACCACAUGAUGGGCUCGGCGUCAGUGAUGUCAGACGGCGAUGACGAUCGUAAGCCAAUGCUUCAACACCUGUAUCACUCUGAUCACAUGCACCACAUGAAAGGUCAUCACGGCAUGCAAAACGAUCAUCAUCAAGACUGCGGUAUACCGCUGCCACCGACCAAACCCAAAAUAUGGUCUCUGGCCGACACCGCCGCUUCCAAGACCCCACCACCUGGCCACCAAUGGCCAAACGUAAGUCCCAGCUUAGCUUCCCCGGGAUUCACCAUGCCUAAUUCUUCUUUGUCUCCGUCCGGAUCAUCAUACUCUAGGUAUGGUGCGAACGGGUUUUACGGUUACAAUGGCGGCAGUAGUAAUUCGUCGUCGUCGUCGUCAGCACAACAAAUGGCCGGAUAUCCUGAAGUGCAAACCGACACGCCACCGCAAACCCCGCCCAACAUGAAGUUACCGUUGUCCGCCUCUUCCGGUCAGCAGUUCAGCCAUCAGGGUUACAAUGGGUACCAUCACCAUCAGCAGCAACAGCACGGCUAUCACCGAUCGCAGCAACAGCAGCAGCACGUUCAACAGCAGCAGCACGACGUUCGGUCGACUUCGGGGGUUGCACAACAACAUGAUGUACAAUAUCAUCAACACCAACACAAUAACGCACUGCAACAACAACAGCAUAGUCAGCACAACAACAACAAUAAUAAUAACAAUACCAAUAAUAAUAAUAAUCAUCAGAUGAUCAAUGCUGAUGCUAACACAGCAUUUAAACCUUUUUAUAAAACGCCCUCACAUUCUCAACAACAACAGAUUCAACAGCAGCAGCAACAACAGCAACAGCAAAUGAAUGGUUACGUUUCACCAGUAUAAAAAAACGUUGCCGCGACAUAGGAGCAGCAUCUGUUUUUAUAAGACGAUAGUCGAGCAACAGAAGAUGUUCAGCCUUCAGACUCUUACCCGAGAUCGAAAUAUUAUAAAUUUUCUAUUUAAAUUAUUAUUAUGAAAACUUACAAAGUUUUACCGUUCUAUGUAGAUUUUUUUUUUUUAUUAUUAUAAAAUGAAAUAUUCUAACCCGCUAUUGUAUAUUGUUGAUCUGAUAAAAUAAUUGUUUGUUUUUCUCUUAUAUAUAUUUAUAUAUUAUUAUUAUUAUAUAAUUUACCCCUCUCUUUUGUAAAUAGUAUAAAUAAAAUUAUGUAUUUAUAAGUUUUUGGUACACUUACAUAUUAGUGAUAGCUUAUAAAAUAAAAUGUUGUUUAUUGUAUAGAUCAUUAUAAUAAUUCAUGUGUAUAUAUAGUGAAAUUUUUAUUCGAUUUAGAGUGC